UAUCUAGUUAACUGUGUUGACCCGACGUAUAAAAUCCAGCAAGACGUAGAUAUUAACCGAGUUGAAGAGAUAUAGGCCUAUCUACCAAAAUAACAGUAUGCCAAAAGUAAGGAGAAGCAGGAAACCUCCUCCAGAGGGAUGGGAGCUUAUCGAACCAACAAUAGACGAAUUGGAUCAAAAGAUGCGGGAAGCUGAAACUGACCCACAUGAAGGCAAAAGAAAGGUAGAAGGACUGUGGCCUAUAUUCCGUAUCCACCACCAAAAGUCACGCUAUAUUUUUGACUUGUUCUACAGGAGGAAAGCCAUUAGCAGAGAACUCUAUGAGUACUGUCUGAAGGAAAAUAUUGCUGACAAAAAUCUCAUCGCUAAGUGGAAGAAGCAAGGCUAUGAGAAUCUGUGCUGUUUGCGGUGUAUUCAAACCAGGGACACCAACUUUAAUAGUAACUGUGUGUGCCGAGUACCAAAGGGAAAGCUUGAGGCAGGUAAAAUUGUAGAGUGUGUGAACUGUGGAUGUCGGGGCUGUUCAGGAUGAUAAAAGGACAAAGGGGUUGUCACCAACACAUAGGACAAAGGUCCCAAAGGAUUUAUAUUCACUGUGAACUAGCAGUCCUUGUUUCCAGGAUCAGAGUCAUUGUGAUUCACUUUACAUAGGGAACACUAAAAUGCCGUCUAAAGACAAUUUAAAAUAUAUGAAAAUGUUGCAAACAACAUGCAUACAGUUUCAUGUUUAAUCAUCUUUAAUUUGAUGUCAAACAUAAAAAGAUACGGUUUGCUGAUAAAAAAAAAUAUUGCUUAAAACAAGACGCAUAUAUGGACAAAUGUGCACUGCCUCCAAUAUUCAUGAAAAACUAUUUGUUACAGCUUAAAAAGAGGUUAAAGUUAAGAAGCUUCCUGAAGAAUUACCAAUUAUUCCAGAUUUUGCUAUAUGUAGUUGUUUAUGUCAAAGUGUUUUGAAGUAUAGUUGAAACUUACCCCAGGAGCAUACCAUUAAGAUGUCCUGGUGGUUUCAUUUUAUUAUUUUACCUAAUAAUUUACUAUAAAAAGAUAGUUCAAUUGUCGAUGAAAGUACAUUUUACUCCUUUUGUUCUGCAAUGUACUUGGUAUAAAUCAGAAACAAUACUUGUUUUAUUACCGAAGAUUUGAUCAUUCCUGUACUUAUUAAAAAAAUCUUAAGGUAUACAGUGAUAUGCUGU